ACUCAUUAUACUAGUAAAUGUUUUAGCUUCAAUAGACCAAAUACCUUCAACACCUCCUCGAUCUAAAGCACCAACUUUAUUAACAACUCCUCAACUUAAUAUACUAAAAAAAUUCACAACUUUGUCAACAACUCAACUACGACCUCAGCUAACUGCAUCACAGAUCGCAACAACUUCAUUAACACCUCCUCAUCUCAUCAUACGAAAUAAUACACCUACAGUAUCUUCUCAAACUUUUAAUCAAACUUCUUCUCAAAUUUCUAGCGAAACAUCUUCUCAAUCUUUCAGUCGAACUCCUUUACAAUUAUCCAACCGAACUUCAUCUCAACAAAGUAUAAUAACAUCAGAUAUUAUUAUAAAAUAUCCUAAUAUCAAUAUACCAAGGUGUUACCGAUCAAGUCACGAAGAAGUAACAAGUCACCAACCAAGUCAUGAAAGUCAUGAAGAAGAAGCAG